AUGUGGAUGCAGUGGGUAGAUCGAGGCUCGGUCUACUCCGCGGGAUAUGCCGCUCUUGAUCUUGGCGAGUCGAAGACGGUACAGCGCAUCGACGCACUAGAAGGGUGUGAAGGAGACCGAACCAGAACUUGGCUGCGGCUUGACGCUUAA